AGGGAGGAGGGAGGUUCGGGCUCCCGCGCGAGACGAGGAUCGCACGGCCGCGCGAGGGGCGACAGGGCCCGGGCCGCUGCGCGCCGAGGGCGGAGGCCGAGCCGGGCCCCGGCGCCCCGCGGCUGUCCGUGCCCGCCUGCGCCGAGCGCUGGAGGAUGAGUUUCUCGGGAUCCCGCAGAUUUAUGAAAAUAUGCAUCGGUUUGAUACUGUCUUGGAAUUCAUGAGAUGGAAGCAUAGGUCAAAGCUAUUUGGAGAAACUUGGAACUACAGUUUUAUCUAGCCACAUCCUUGAGGAAUCUGAAGAAGCCCCAGGUGAAAGUCAUUGUCAAGUGAUUUCUUUCUUCUAUAAGGAAAUCUCAUUCAGUGAAGCCAUUUAAAUUAGUGAAAUAGCACGACCAGUAAUUCAAAGUGGCAGUGUACAGGAUACUUGGACAUUGAACAAUGACUCAGCUAUAUACUUACAUCAGAUUAUUGGGAGCCUGUCUGUUCAUCAUUUCUCGUGUUCAAGGGCAGAAUCUAGACAGUAUGCUCCAUGGCACUGGCAUGAAAUCAGACUUGGACCAGAAGAAGCCAGAAAAUGGAGUGACUUUAGCCCCAGAAGAUACCUUACCUUUCUUAAAGUGCUAUUGCUCAGGACACUGUCCAGAUGAUGCUAUUAAUAACACAUGCAUAACUAAUGGGCAUUGCUUUGCCAUUAUAGAAGAAGAUGAUCAGGGGGAAACCACAUUAGCUUCUGGGUGUAUGAAGUAUGAAGGCUCUGAUUUUCAAUGCAAGGAUUCACCAAAAGCCCAGCUACGCCGGACAAUAGAAUGUUGUCGGACCAAUUUGUGCAACCAGUAUUUGCAGCCUACACUGCCCCCUGUGGUUAUAGGUCCAUUUUUUGAUGGCAGCAUUCGAUGGCUGGUUGUGCUCAUUUCCAUGGCUGUCUGUAUAAUUGCUAUGAUCAUCUUCUCCAGCUGCUUUUGUUACAAACAUUACUGUAAGAGCAUCUCAAGCAGAGGUCGUUACAACCGUGAUUUGGAACAGGAUGAAGCAUUUAUUCCAGUAGGAGAAUCUUUAAAAGACCUGAUUGACCAGUCACAAAGCUCUGGUAGUGGAUCUGGACUACCUUUAUUGGUUCAGCGAACUAUUGCCAAACAGAUUCAGAUGGUUCGACAGGUUGGUAAAGGCCGUUAUGGAGAAGUGUGGAUGGGUAAAUGGCGUGGCGAAAAAGUGGCGGUCAAAGUGUUUUUCACCACAGAAGAAGCUAGUUGGUUUAGAGAAACAGAAAUCUACCAGACGGUGUUGAUGCGUCAUGAAAAUAUACUUGGUUUUAUAGCUGCAGACAUUAAAGGCACUGGCUCUUGGACUCAGCUGUAUUUGAUUACUGAUUACCAUGAAAAUGGAUCUCUCUAUGACUUCCUGAAAUGUGCCACACUGGACACCAGAGCCCUACUCAAAUUAGCUUAUUCUGCUGCCUGUGGUCUGUGCCACCUCCACACAGAAAUUUAUGGCACCCAAGGAAAGCCUGCCAUCGCACAUCGAGACCUGAAGAGCAAAAACAUUCUUAUUAAGAAAAAUGGGAGUUGCUGUAUUGCUGACCUGGGCCUGGCUGUUAAAUUCAACAGUGAUACGAAUGAAGUUGACAUACCCUUGAAUACCAGGGUGGGCACCAAGCGCUACAUGGCUCCUGAAGUGCUGGAUGAAAGCCUGAAUAAAAACCACUUCCAGCCCUACAUUAUGGCUGACAUCUAUAGCUUUGGCUUAAUCAUUUGGGAAAUGGCUCGUCGUUGCAUUACAGGAGGAAUAGUGGAGGAAUAUCAAUUACCAUAUUACAACAUGGUGCCUAGUGACCCAUCCUAUGAAGAUAUGCGUGAGGUUGUGUGUGUCAAACGCUUGCGGCCAAUUGUGUCUAACCGCUGGAACAGUGACGAAUGUCUUCGGGCAGUUUUGAAGCUAAUGUCGGAAUGCUGGGCCCAUAAUCCAGCCUCCAGACUCACAGCUUUGAGAAUCAAGAAGACACUUGCAAAAAUGGUUGAAUCCCAGGAUGUAAAGAUUUGACAGUUAAACAGUUGUGAGGGAGAAUAUAGACCGCAAGAACUUCACCCAAGAAAAUGGGUGAUUAGCAUGGAAAAUAGGAUGUUGGCUUGAUUUUUCAGACUCUUUCCUGCCACAUCUUCACAGGCUGCUAACAGUGACCUUUUCAGUACUCUGCAGAAUACAAGACUGGGACGCCAAACACCAUUCUUUUUACAUAUGGACGGGACAGCUUUGUUUUAAAUGUGGUUUUGAUGCCCUGUUUUUUGAUUUUGUUUUUAUGAACUGCAUCAAGACUCUAAUCCUGUAAGAAGCCUCUGGUCUAACUCUGGGUACUCAGUGUCCUGUCCAUAAAAUGAUGCUUUCUAUGAAAGCCUUAAGAGAACUAAUGAGUUCAGCAGAGAUGGAGAGAGACAUUUGCCUUCUAUAAGAGGAAACAUCUGUUUGUUUGUCUUUGUAAAUGGCCUAUAGAUUGUGAUCUCUUUGGGAUACUGCCUGGUUCAUGAUGGUGCACCAUGCCUUUGAUAUGCACACCAGAACUCAUCUGCUGCCAUGGGCUUAGAAGAAAAGAAUGUAUGGUUGCUCAGGAAGGUUUUGUGGCCGGUGGUUUAAACAUGCAAUAUCUGGUCAACAUUCACCAAUAUCAUAAAAGUCAUCUACCUUGUAAGUGUAGUAACUCCUCCAUCAACUUUAUUUUUAACAAAAUAGUUGUAAAGGCCAAAUAAGUUUAAAGAGUCCAUAAAUUUGGACUGUUUUCCUUCUCUCACCAUUCUGGCUUCUUUUUUGGUAAUUAUUUUUUUAUGAAACACCUCCUGUCCAGAGUUGAAACUCACUGCUUUGAGCCAUACUUUGAAAGGAAAUGCCCCUUUCUGGAGUCAGCCUUACUGUGUCUGAUAAUGAUGUGUAUGUCUGUGAUCAAAUUCUGAAGUCUUUGCUCUCAGUGCCUCUUAAAAAGGGAAGUUGUUUGUCAUGUGUAAUGUGUUUUAUUUUCAAACCUACAUAACCAUCUUUAUAGCCAUAUUUUACAUACGUACAUACUUAACUCUAUGCAAAACAGCUUACAUGGAUCUUACAUCUGAUCCUUAAUGGGGGAGAAUGUUUUAAAGUAGAACUAUGUAUGAAUUUCAGAAUUCAUGCAUUUAAAAACUUCAGUGAAAAACUUCAUUAAGAUAUUGCCUCAUUAUUCUUUUACAAAGGAUGUCAGCUAAUGUAAAUUUGUCAGUAACUGGUAAAUGUAUUUUAGAUAUCUAAAAAUUUUGACAUUUGGUUUUAUAGUUUCUGGUCCCUAACUUGUGAAGACAGAGAUUCAGGCAGAAGUGCCCAGUAUCUGGUCACUGCCCAUAUUUACACUGAACAGCUAUUAUUAAAUAAAAUAAUCUGGUUUUUAUAGAGUCCUUGUUCUCUCAAAGAACAGUUCUGGUUCAAACUUACAUGCUGAUAUCCUACUACUUAAAUGUUUAUUCUGAGCAAACAAGCCAUGAGAGGAUCAAGUGACAUUGUCUCUUUGGAUGAAACAUAAAUUAAAGGUGAUUAUAUUACAACAUAGUCAGACAUUUUAAAUUAAAUAGGAGGCUGUCCAUCUACUCACUUACUAUAAUGCCUGCACAUCCUAUUUCACAAAUUUGAAACUUGUUUUGACUGUUUUGUUUAAUGAGUUUCAUCUAGUAUAACCAAAGUCUGAGAACACAUAGGACAUCUGAGUUACCUAAGCCAUUUUAACCUGGAUACAUUUUUGCCUGAAUAAACUAAAUCUUAAAAAGCAUUUAUCAUCUUGAUGAUAACCCUAAAAAAUGGCAUGCUUCAUUCUUAGACAUGCUUAACUGGUGUGUUAAGGCCACUGUAAUGAUUGUUUUCUAAUUAGCUUGAUCUAAGAAAAAGGGCUAUCAGGAAGUAAUGGUAAGAUAGGCAAUGAGUACUCCAGUUGCUGCCUUCCCAAACUACAUUUCAGUACACUCAUUAGAAAUAGUAACAUUCUUUAAAAGGCAAAUGCUUACUUACUUGGAAUCCUAAAAUCUAAAGUUGCUUAAACUUAUUUUUUUCCUCUCUCCCCUCUUACUUUAAAAUUUGAAAUUCUGUAAGUGAAAUAUUUAAAUACUAGCCCUUAGGGCCAAUGAGAAGGCUCAGUGGGUAAAGGCACUUGUUGCCAAGCCUGCCAGCUGCACUUUAAUCUCUGGGACACAUGUGAAAGGAGAGAACCAACUACCCCAUGAUUGUCCUCUGACAUCCACAUACUCCGUGGCACCCACCCCAGCACACUCAUCAUGCACUCCGCGUAUUCAAACACAAAUGUAAUAAAAACAAAAAUAAUAAUAAUAAUACAACCAACUGGUAAAAUAAAGUAUUGUUUAUUAAUUACUUGUAAAAAUCUGCAAACUCAUUUGGUCCCACUUUGAAUCUAGGGUUUAAAAAAUACAGCUAACAUUAGCCAUUCCUUUAAAUCAUUAAAAUAUAAAAACCAAACCCAAGCUACCUAAGUAAAUAUCAAAUGAUCCAGGAAGAUGCCAUGAGUGGUUUGUAUGAGUGGGAGUUGCUGGGGUACAGGGCAUGUUAAAAUUUCCCCAUCUUGAUUCUCCGGUGCUUCUCUUAUAAAAUUAGAACCGAUUUUCCUGGAAAUACUGUAACAAAAGAUACUUUAGUCAGCAUGAUGUUAUGUUAUUCAGAAAUGUUCCUAAUCCUAUAAAGUGACCGAGCUUUUAUCAGCUAUUGUCUUGAAAUGUGCUGGGUUUUAUUCAUUCACUCUAAUGAUAGUCAAUACUUUUUUCUUUAGAUGUUUUUCUUAUUUAGAAUAAAAAGACAGUAAUUUUCCAAGAACCAUUCAUCUCUGAUUUGGCCCAAGAUCAAUUUGGAUAUUGAGUAGUCUAUUCCAGGGCAGAUUUCCUUAGUGAAAACACUUGUCUUUCCAGAUGUGUAUUGUUUUGAAAUGUUUCCAGAUGUCUAAGAUGAUUUCAACAGAAGUGUAUUUAUUUCAUGUAGAAAGAAAGGUUAUGUAGCCCUUUUAAUAACAAAAACAGACUGAGUCAGAUGCUAAGCAGUGACAGUUUGCUCACCUUCUGACUGUGAGAGGGGUGGAGACUAGGCAAGCAGGACUUGUUCCUCUGGUGCAGUGUAUGAAUCCACAGGAAGGACUAUCCCAUAAGGAAAGCUUAUGAAUAUGGCUUUUGCAAAGAAUUAGACAUGAUACUGUAAUUUUAGGUUGUACUCUGCACUCUUUCAGUGGAAUUAUUUAAGCUCUUUAGUGACCUUUGUUCUUCCCACUUAAAAGCUAAAAUGUAGUAUAUAUUGUAUAAAAUGAAAAUAUUAUAGCUUAGGGAAACUGUACAUAAGGCAUUGACAGGUUAAAGGAAGCAUUUUUAUUAUGCAAUUGUAAAACACCUAAAAUAUGGAUUCAUCUUUGAUAUGUAACACUAAAUGUAUUUUGUACAGCAUCUGAUUUGAAAGGUGCCUUAUUAAGUUUACCAUUAAUUGCUUUGUUCUAUAUACAGAUUAUGUCCAAUGUAUCAUUUUUCAGUAAAUAACCUUAUUUUAGUAUAAUUCA